UCUGCAAAACCUGCAUCGUUCGCUACCUGGAGACCAACAAGUACUGCCCCAUGUGUGAUGUCCAAGUGCACAAAACCAGACCCCUCCUCAGCAUCAGGUCGGACAAAACCCUGCAGGACAUCGUGUACAAACUGGUCCCGGGGCUUUUCAAAGAUGAGAUGAAGAGGCGACGUGACUUCUACGCAGCCUACCCCGUGGCAGAGGUUCCCAACGGCUCCAAUGAAGAUCGUGGGGAAGUCUCCGAGCAGGACAAGGGGAACCUGACAGACGAUGAGAUCGUCAGCCUGUCCAUAGAGUUUUACGAAGGGUCAAGAGAAGAGAAGGCGGCGACCGUCGAGAACGGGGACCUGGAGAAGGAGAAGAAGAACGGGGUGCGGUUCCUGCGCUGUCCCGCCGCGAUGACCGUCAUGCACUUGGCCAAGUUCCUGCGCAACAAGAUGGACGUGCCCAGCAAGUACAAGGUGGAAGUGCUCUACGAAGACGAACCCCUGAAGGAGUAUUACACCCUGAUGGACAUCACCUACAUCUACCCCUGGAGGAGGAACGGCCCGUUGCCGCUGAAAUACCGC